AUGAAUGAAAGCAUUUCUUUGAAUGAAACCAGGGCUCCUGUACCCUGGAUUCAUACCAGCCAUGGCAAUUCUACUUUGGAGCUCUCCAGCGAGCUCCCCAUCUUUGUCAUCAACCCCUGGGAUAUUAUGCUCUGCAUCUCUGGAACCAUCAUUGCCUGUGAGAAUGCUAUAGUCGUGGCCAUCAUAUUCUAUACUCCAAACCUGAGAACCCCAAUGUUUGUGCUGAUUGGGAGCUUGGCCACAGCAGACCUACUGGCUGGAGUUGGCCUGAUCCUCAAUUUUGUUUUCCAUUAUGUGAUCCGGUCAGAAACCAUCAGCCUUGUUACAGUUGGCUUCCUAGUUGCCUCUUUUACUGCUUCGGUGAGCAGCUUAUUGGCCAUCACAGUUGAUCGCUACCUUUCCCUAUACAAUGCACUGACUUAUUACUCUGAGAAGACUGUCCUCUGUAUUCAUAUGAUGCUGAUCAUCACCUGGGGGGUAUCCCUCUGUUUAGGACUGCUACCUGUCUUAGGCUGGAACUGUCUGGAAGAUUAUUCAUCGUGCAGUAUUGUCAAACCUCUGACCAAAAGUAAUGUGACUUUGCUGGCUGCCUCUUUCUUUUUCAUUUUUAUCCUUAUGCUCCAUCUGUACAUUAAAAUCUGCAAAAUAGUUUGCAGGCAUGCACACCAGAUAGCGCUCCAACAGCACUUUCUAACAGCAUCACACUAUGUUGCAACCAAAAAAGGAGUCUCUACCCUUGCUAUAAUACUUGGGACCUUUGGAGCCAGUUGGUUACCUUUUGCCAUCUACUGUGUAGUUGGAGAUUCCAGCUACCCUGCUGUGUACACUUAUGCCACACUUCUACCUGCCACCUACAACUCCAUGAUUAAUCCUAUCAUUUAUGCCUACAGAAACCAAGAAAUUCAAAGAUCUAUGUGGGUUCUUUUUUGUGGUUGCUUUCAGUCUAAAGUGUCCUUUCGUUCAAGAUCCCCCAGUGAUGUCUAA